AUGGAGCCUAUGGGAGCCAUCUGUGAGAGAGAAUGGGGCUCUCUUGGUGGCAUGUAUAUUGCUGAGGAGUCUGAAUUUAUGGCUCAGUUGCUUCAUAACAAUGCUUCUUUACCCAACGACUUGAUUGGGGAUUCAAGCUUCAGAGCCCCUUCUGAUUUUUGGCCUGGCUAUGAGUCAACUAUGAAUGGUGAAGGGCUUAGUGAAAGUUCAUACUUUUCUUUGUAUAUGCCUAGCUCUAACUUUUACAGUUUUUCACAAGAAAGUAAUUACAAUGGUGGUAGCUCAAGCCAACAAUGCUACGGCUCGAGUGAUUCUCAUCCAGUUUUGGCAUCCGAUGACAGCUCCAUUUCCAUGGAUUUUUGCAUGAUGAACGUGAAAAAAACUGGCUCAUUUCUCGUCGAAGGGUAUGACUACUUGAACCAAGAAAAAACUGACGGCAAUGCAGAAGAGUCUGCUGGAAAUGUGCCUGCAGCUGUUCUUCAUCCUGAGAAGGAUUCACAGUACAGAAAAGAAUCCGAGAAGCCACCACCAGAAUCAAUCCAGGAAGAAAAGUGUAACAACCCACCCGGGAAUUCGAAGAAAAGAUCUCGGAGUUCUCGAGAUAUUCGGAAGAAAAAGAGGAUGGCGCAAUCGGAAAAGAAUAAGAAAACAGGCAGCAAUGAAGAAGAUAGUAAUCCUGGCAUUGGUGAGCAGAGCUCCGGCAGCUUCUCCUCGGAGGAUGACUGCACUGCUUCUCAAGAGCUGAAUGGAGGCGCGAGUUCAGGUUUGAGUAGGAAAAUUCCUGCUUCUCCUGACUUGAAUGGAAAAACAAGAGCGAGUAGGGGAUCAACCACCGAUCCCCAGAGCCUAUAUGCAAGGAAAAGAAGAGAGAGAAUAAAUGAGAGGCUGAGAAUUCUACAGAACCUUGUCCCAAAUGGAACAAAGGUUGAUAUUAGCACAAUGCUUGAGGAAGCUGUCCAAUAUGUGAAGUUUUUACAGCUCCAAAUCAAGCUUUUGAGCUCUGACGAUCUAUGGAUGUAUGCUCCAAUCGCUUACAAUGGAAUGGACCUUGGUCUUGAUCUGAAGAUCAACCCACCCAGAUAAUACUAUUUAACAGUCAGAAUAUGAACGAAGAGCUAGCGUGGCAUCCAUUAUUGCUGAUACCUUAUAAUGGGCCUAUAAAGCCCAUUUUGAGGGGAAUUUUUCAACAAAGAUUCUUUAAAUUUGCUCAUUUCCAUGAAAUGCGCAGAAUCUCUUUUAUGACCAAUAACUGUAACCUCCAGCAUUAACACUUGUUAUCCGAUCGAGCUUGAAUAAAAUCUAUAUGUCCCAUACAUCUGGAAUAAUGUUCUCUACCUAUCAAAGUUUCUGUCUUCGUUUGGAAAUUAUGGCAUGAUGGCAUUCCUCCGGAUGA